AUGACUCAACCGAAUCCCUACAUUCUGGCCGCUGAAAACCCUUCCGCCCUAUUGACUCUUUUGCGCUCGAAUCCAGCCAUCGCAUCCUGUCAAGAUGAGCACGGAUACUCUCUCUUGCACGCCGCGGCUUCGUAUGGCCAUGCCGACCUCCUACGCGCACUUGUCGGAGAGUUUAAUGUGGACGUCAACCUUCUCGAUGAAGACGGCGAGACGUGCCUUUUCGUGACGGAGAAUGCUGAUAUCGCCAAAUGUCUCGUUGAGGAGCUAGGUGUGGACUAUAAUAAGAGGAACGACGAAGGGUUAACGGCGCAGGAGACCAUUGAGAGCGACGGCGCAUUUCCCGAUGUCGCAGCAUACCUCGCAAAAGUUAUGGGCAUAUCUCCAUCAGCACCUGCAGGCUCAUUAUUAGACGCCUUGAAUGCUCCUCCUCCGUUGCCGCCGAAUAUCAGAGUCAACUUGGGAACAGUAUCGGAGGAGGAAGCGAGCGCAGGGACGGACCAGGUUGACCCAGAGUUUAAACGCCGGAUUGACGAGCUCGCCGCGCGAGAAGACUUCCACAGCGAAGCUACGCAAAACCAACUACGACAGCUGGUUAUGGAUGCCCUUAAUGGCUCCAAUAUUGAGACACAGGACAGAGAUGUUCGGCGGAGAACGGAAUAA